AGGAAGAACAACACUUGGUGUUUUGUGCAGAGAGAGAGACAGGGGGGAGAGAGAGAGAGAUGGGGUUCUUGCUAGUGAUCUUGGGAGCCAUCACUGGGUUCAUCUGUUUCUGCAUUACUCUGCUGAAAUGGAAUGAAGUGAGGUAUAGGAGGAAGGGGUUGCCCCCUGGUACCAUGGGCUGGCCUGUAUUUGGGGAGACAACUGAGUUUCUGAAAUAUGGGCCAGACUUCAUGAGAAGGCAGAGAGCAAGGUAUGGUAAUGUGUUCAAGUCACACAUACUCGGGUGCCCCACAGUGAUUUCUUUGGAUCCAGAUCUCAACAGAUAUAUUCUCUUGAAUGAGGGUAAAGGCCUCAUUCCUGGGUACCCACAAUCCAUGCUUGAUUUAUUGGGAAAAUGGAACAUUGCAGCAGUUCCUGGCUACCUCCACAAGGCCAUGAGAGGUGUAAUGUUUUCUCUCAUCAACACCAACAUGAUCAGAGAUGUCCUUCUAAAGGACAUUGACUGUUUCAUGAGAUCCCAUCUCCAUAACUGGAGCGACAAAGUACUCGAUAUUCAAGAGCAAACAAAAGAGAUGGCAUUUCUGUUGUCACUAAAGCAAGUGGCGGGCAUCUCGCCGGGACCAGUGGCGGACGCAUUCCGGCCACAGUUCUAUAAAUUGGUGGAGGGGACAUUGUCAAUGCCAAUCAAUCUGCCAGGAACCAACUACCGUCAAGGAUUUCAGGCAAGGGAGAAUAUUCUUAAAUUGCUCCGGAAAACCAUUGAAGAAAGGCGGGCUUCCGAGGUCACCUAUGAGGACAUGCUUGGAGUCUUGCUGGAUACAGAUGACGAGAAAGUCAAGUACAAACUUACUGAUGAUCAAAUCCUUGAUCUGUUGGUCGCAAUCAUAUAUGCUGGUUAUGAAACUGUCUCCACCACCACCAUGAUGGCUGUCAAGUAUCUCCAUGACAAUCCCAGGGCACUUUCUCAGAUUAGGGAAGAACAUUUAGAGAUUAGAAGAACAAAAGCAACAGGUGAACCGCUCAGCUGGGAUGACUACAAAUCCAUGACAUUUACUCGCGCAGUGAUUUAUGAGACACUCAGGCUAGCAACUGUUGUUAAUGGAGUUUUGAGGAAGACAACCAAAGACAUGGAAUUGAAAGGAUUUACAAUUCCUAAGGGUUGGAAGAUAUAUGUUUACAUGCGGGAGACUAAUUUUGAUCCGCACAUCUACCCUGACCCCUUGGCCUUCAACCCAUGGAGAUGGCUGGAAAAGAACUUGGAAGCCAAUAUGUAUUUCAUGAUGUUUGGAGGUGGCAAUAGACUGUGCCCAGGGAAGGAGUUGGGAACAGUAAUUAUCUCAGUAUUCCUUCACUAUUUUGUUUCCAAGUACAGGUGGGAGGAAGUUGGAGGAGACAAGAUUUUGAAGUUCCCCAGAGUUGAUGCACCCAAUGGGCUGAGAAUUAGAGUUUCAGAUUACUGAAAAUAUUGUCCCUGAUUUCUGUUGUCUACCCACUUUUUCCCCUUCCUUUAACCCCUUGAUAUUACUCUGCCACAAUAUCAAGGUAUUUGGGAAAAAAUUAGAGUAACACCCAUAUAGGAAAGUGAAACUGAGUGCCAAUAUACCAUUGUAAAUUGCAACCAUAUAUCAAAUACUAGAAUAUCUUUGUUCUUUC